AUGUGGGCAGUUGACUUCAGCUUGGUCUUUCAUGGCAUGACCAAGAAAGAUGUUGUUUCAUGGAGUACUAUAAUUGCUGCGUAUUCUCAAGGUGGUUAUGGGGAAGAAGCCUUUGAGUAUUCAUCAUGGAUGAGAAAGGAAGGACCAAAACCGAAUGAGUUUGCUUUUUCCAACGUGCUUAGUGUAUGCGGAAGUAUGGCCAUUCUUGAGCAAGGGAAGCAACUGCAUGCUUAUGUCUUGUCUGUCGGGUUAGAAUGCACGGCUCUGAUACAAAGUGCUCUAAUCAAUAUGUAUUUUAAAUGUGGGAGUAUAAAAGAAGCUUUGAAAAUUUUUGACGUGAUGGAAAAUGAUGACAUUGUCUCAUGGACUGCCAUGAUUGUUGGUUAUGCUAAACAUGGGCUCAGCCAAGAAGCCAUUGAUGUGUUUGAGAAGAUUCCCAAAGUUGGUUUAAGACCUGAUGCCGUGAGCUUCAUUGGCGUUCUUACUGCUUGUAGGCAUGCUGGACUUGCUGAUCUUGGCUUCCACUACUUCAAUUUGAUGACUAAUAAAUAUCGGAUAAAUCCUUCAAAAGAACAUUAUGGCUGCAUGAUUGAUCUCCUUUGCCUAGCUGGACGAUUAAGUGAUGCAGAGAACAUGAUAAAACACAUGCCAUUUCAACAGGAUGAUGUUGUUUGGUCUACACUGCUGAGAGCUUCUAGAGUACAAGGAGAUGUUGACUGUGGAAUACGUAGUGCAGAGGAGAUUCUUAAAUUAGAUCCAAGUAAUGCUGGAGCUCAUAUUACUCUUGCUAACAUUUAUGCCACAAAAGGGAGAUGA